GAAGAGGAGUUGGGACUCUGAUUCAUUCAGCAGCCACCCUUCUUUCUUUAGAAGGCACUCCCUUCUUCCGAGGUUUCUAGCAUUCUGAAAGGGUGGCAAGUCUAUUUUUAGAGGUGAGCCGUGUAGGGGCUAUCACAGUCAGGCACAGAAGGUCCCUCGGAUUCCACCCAUCAGCACUCUCAGCAAAGACGGGAACGUCCGAGGGUGAGAGCCCGAACAGUCACGCCUGUUAGCCACAGAAAGGAAAGGAUCCAGGAGAUUCCCCAAAUCGAUUCCUUUAGAUCAGUUCCACAGAUACACUGCUGUUACAUUCUCGAUGACAGCCCCGCCCCGCUCCGAAAGCAGGAUUUCUGCGCUUUUACGAGAAAAUAAAAUAUUAAGACUCUAGAAGCAAACAAACGAAAUAACACCCAGAUGCUGAAGAACCCAUCUUCCAGUCCCUUGAGAAAGAGAAAGGGAUCUCUCCCCAGACUGCGCCCAGCCCCGCAGCUUGACCCCCCGCACGCCGCGUGGACAGCAGCCGGGAGGGGCUCAGGUGCCGGCCAGCGCGCGUGCCGUCCGGGACCGACGCAGGGCCGCUCGGGAGGCGUGCGCCUGCUGUCCCUGCGGGAAAGGGGGCUGCGGGGAAACGGGGGGCUGCGGGCAGGAAGUCCCCGGGAACUACAAAUUGAGGCAUGCUGGGAGCAUUCCCACGCCCCUCCCAGGAAAUGUCCUUUGUCCAGCCGAACAGGAAGCCCCAGUGAGGAGUCAGCCCGCCGUGGCCACUGCAGCCGCUCCGCAAGGACAGCAGCCCCGGCGCCGGGCAGCUGCGGGACGCGGGCUGCUCAGCCUCGCCUCUCUUCCUUCUCUGCCAGGCCUCCUCCUCUCCCUCCUCCCCGCUGUCUCCGCGCAGCUUCUGAGAAGAGAUUCCCAUCUCCCAGGAGACCAACUUGAAGGUAUCAGCAAGCCAGAGGAAUCCCUGGCUUCUAAAGGUGGAAGACACGGAAAUCUCGGAUCAGUUCCUGGCCUGGUUUUCCCGGAUGGAACAAGAGGAAGAACUGGGUGUGUCUGAACUCCAGGACUCGGGGGACAGGGGGAUGGGCUCAGAUAUCGAGGACUCGGAGGAGAGGGGGAUGGGUUCAGACCUGCAGUACAUGGAUGAGAGAGAGGACGACCCGGAGGAGAGGGAGGUGGGCUCGGACCUGCUGGACGAGAAAUACAGAGAGGAGAACUCAGAGGAGAGGGAGAUGGUGACAGACAUCUACACAGCAGAUGAGAGACUCCUCAGUGAGGAAGAAGAGGCAGCCCUCCGGGAGGAAAACGAAGAUGACGGGGAGGAUCCCGAAGUGGUGGAGAUGGGGAUGUUCUCGGGGCUGAGUGAGUCGGAGAGCCUGACGCAGAGUCCCAGAGAGGAGGACGAGAGCACCGGCGAGAGCCGCCCGGAGGAGGAGGAGGAUGCUCCGGCGCUGCCCUGGAGGAGACGCCUCUCCAUAGGGAAGUGUCCCCGGGAGGGCAAGCCGGCCCAGCGCCGUUUCCAUCAUCUCCAUCACCCGAUGGCUGUGGAUUUCGGGGAGCUCAAUAGCUUGAUGGCCAGCAUCAUGGAAGCCCCCACCAUCUGCUCCGAUUGCGGCGAGAGCUUCAGCCCGGGAGCGGCCUUCCUUCAGCACCAGCGCAUGCACCAGCUGGCCCAGGCGGCGGCGGCGGGGGUCCAGCCGUACGGCUUCGCCGCGGAGUGUGGGGGCGUGGUGGGCGUGGUGGGGCUGGGGGGCUCCGUGCUGCCCCGGGCCCCGGGGGAGAAGCCGUACCGAUGCGGGGAGUGCGGCAAGGGCUUCAGCCGCAACACGUACCUGACCAACCACCUGCGCCUGCACACGGGGGAGCGGCCCAACCUGUGUUCGGACUGCGGCAAGAGCUUCAGCUGGCGCGCCGACCUGCUCAAGCACCGCCGCCUGCACACCGGGGAGAAGCCGUAUGCGUGCCCCGAGUGCGGGGAGGCCUUCAGCCUGAGCUCGCACCUGCUGAGCCACCGGCGGGCCCACGCGGCGGCCAGCGGGGCCGGGGCGGCGGCGCUGCGCCCCUUCGCCUGCGGCGAGUGCGGCAAGGGCUUCAUGCGCCGCUCGCACCUGGCCAACCACCAGCGCAUCCACACCGGCGAGAAGCCGCACGGCUGCGGCGAGUGCGGCAAGCGCUUCAGCUGGCGCUCGGACCUGGUGAAGCACCAGCGCGUGCACACCGGCGAGAAGCCCUACAUGUGCUCCGAGUGCGGGGAGACCUUCAGCGUCAGCUCCCACCUCUUCACGCACAAGCGCACGCACUCGGGCGAGCGCCCGUACGUGUGCAGCGAGUGCGGCAAGGGCUUCGGCAGGAACUCGCACCUGGUGAACCACCUCCGCGUGCACACCGGCGAGAAGCCCUUCGGCUGCGGCCAGUGCGAGAAGCGCUUCAGCGACUUCUCCACGCUCACGCAGCACCAGCGCACGCACACCGGCGAGAAGCCCUACGCCUGCGCCGAGUGCGGCAAGAGCUUCAUCCAGAGCUCGCACCUCAUCCGCCACCGCCGCAUCCACACCGGGGACAAGCCGCACAAGUGCGCGGGCUGCGGCAAGGGCUUCCGCUACAAGACCCACCUGGCGCAGCACCAGAAGCUGCACCUCUGCUAGGGCGGCCGGGGCGGGACUCGGGAGCAUCAUCUCGGGGACGUUCCAGGAGGGAAGGGGGUUUCUAGUAAAAAAAAUCAGAAUAGAUACUUGCAAUUGCCUUUUUCCUCCCUCAAAUGAGAAAGGCAGAGUGAGCUCACAAUGAAGGCCCUUACUUUUACACGUGGUUGUUUAAGGUCAUCAAGAAAAGGGAUGGGGACUAAGAGAGACAUAGUAUUGAAAGGGAAGGAGUAAAAAAGAAUAACGGGUCUUAAAUCGGGGAAGUGUUUGGCUCCUGAAAGGUGAGGGGAUGGGGAGAGAGAGAUCACAGCAAGGGAAGUAGGAGGCAGUGAUUUGUGUCUGGGUUUAGUUAGCAUCCUCUUUUAACAGAUGCUCCAAUUCAUGCCCCAUCCCCUUGGGAACCUCUGCAGCCACCUACUGAUUCUUCCUCUUCAGCUUUUCCUUGGAGCCAAGACAAAUACAAAGUGUCCCAUCAGGACUGUGGAAGGAAGAAUGUUAUUUUCCCCGUCCAUUCCUUUUUUCUCUGGGCCAUAUCUAGCUGCUAUUUGGAGACUUCUAGAGAAACUGGGGUGAAAAGUAGAACAUUUCAGGAGAAAAGUGUCUUCAGAGAGAGGGGACCACUUCAUUGCUUGCUUUCUGCUUCCGGUUUUCUGGUCUCCUCACAUCAAAGCCCUAUCAUCUCCAUGUACCAAAUAUUCUCACCCUUGGCCCUGGAGUUUGGGUACUAGGCCCAUGAUUUCUAUUAGACUACACACGUGUGACUUUAAAUAGAAGGAAAAACGGCCGCAGUCUGGAAUUGUGGGGUUUCUCCUUAGUACAGUGUAUUGCUUGAUUUCCCAUGGAAAUCUCAGAUGAUUUUUGCAGGAGAAACCCAAGAGGCAUUUUCCACCAAGUUUGCUGGGUUUCUCUGAGGAUCCCAGAAGAACAAAUCUGCCGAGUCCAUCAUCCAUUGGUUUCAUCUCAUUUUGUUCUCUCACUUGCUGUCUUCCUCACUUGAAGGUGAAGGAGGAACCCUGGGCUUCCACCUCUCCAAAAUCUAGUUUUCCUCUGUUAGUUCACACAAGAAAUACGGAGGAUGUUCUCUAAAAAAGACCUUGUUUUUAGUACCCAAAUGGGCAAUAGUUAAGGAAAGUAUAAAUGCAAACACUUUAUAGCACCAGCAAAGACUGCAUCCUCUUGGUGCUAAUCAGAAUGCCAAAUAGCACUUUUAUACUUUUAAAGGUGCAUUAUCAUGUUCAUUAUUAUAGCCAUUCAUCAAUUUGCUUGUGAGAUCCAUCAGUAUUAGACCCCUAUCUUAUAAGGAAGACUAAGGCAUCGAGGACUGAUCUCGAAAAAGGUUUGGCAGUGUCAGAUAGGUCUGCUCUGCUCUCUGUGUUUUCCAUUUUGACUCUGGACCGUAAAUUGUUGCCUAUUUCAAGGGCUUUUUCUAAAUUGUCCCUUGCUUGGAACAAUCUUGGCUACACUAGAAACAACAGGAAAGGUAUUCCGUCAUGUGUAAGACCUGCCUCUGGUAGCCUUGUGUUAACAUCAAGGAUGCCAGACUGCACCCUUCCCCUUCCACUCCCCCAGAAUAAGCCUUUAGAAUGGGAAUUCUUAUAUUUGGGAAUUCCAACUUGGAGGAAGAAAGCUCCAGGAUUGUCAUUUCAACCCUUUAUGAUCUUGGCAAAGAUUGUCUAAGGAUUUCCUGAGAAUUAGCAUGGGCAGUUCUAUCCUGGGAAAACUUUGGAGGAACUAUAGGAAAAAGGCAUGUCUAUACCACUACCUACAAAACAAAACAAAAAACAACCACCACUUCAUUUUUAAUUGAAUUCUGUUGGAAAUUCUAGUCUGGAGCAUUUGUAUCUCACAGAUGCAGUUUCACCCUUUGAAUUACAAAUUUUUUGUUUUGUUUUUUAAAAAAGCCAACAAAACUAGGGGGUAAUAAAAACAUUGUUCCUAUUUAAUAACAAGCCCUUUUGAUCAUGGGCCAUUUCUCCGGUUUGGGAAUCAAAAUAGGCUUAUACUUCUCCGAUUUUAUAAAAUUAAUAUUUAUGUUUGAAAGAAGAUGAUGAAAAGAUCAAUUCCUUAAAUCCCCUUCUCUAGCAAUUUUUUUUUUUUUUUUUUUUUUUGGUGGGGAAGAGAAGGAAGGGAGAAGGAAUAAAGAGAUUGGAAACUUAUCAUUAAAAUAAAUUGGGGAGGGUGGCUUUAGAUUUCGUUUCCCAAUAAUUCUUGUCUCAUUCACACAGAAAAAAGUCAGCUACAAAUUGAACACCACUUUAGGUAAACAAAACAUUGUAACCAAAAGAAGUGAGUUAGAUUUGGGGGCCAGGGGCAAAGGUGUGUAAUAACUGCUUUUCUCCUGAUUGACUCAUUUUAUGAUAGACCUAAGCUUUCGGGAACUCAUCUGUAUAAAGUAUGCCUAUAUUUGGUCCUCCCAAAGUUUUCAGUUUUGUCUCUAGUUUUUCUCUAGAUUGUUCUUAUACCUGCUUUCUCUGGGACACCCUUGAAUGUGUUAAGCAACAUAUGAAAAUAAUUAUUAUCCACCAAUCCAUUUAUCACCACAGGGUCAAAAUUGUUUUAAUCUGGAUUCCUUAGAAGUUUAGUCAAGUAGUUUUAACUGCGAUUAAGUGGAUUUUUUUCCCCCAGAGCUUGUGCAUGGAUUUGGAAACAAACAAGAUGAGAAUUUCUACCAAGCCCGGAGCUGUUGCAUAGUCCCUCUGUGGGAUUUCUCCAGCUUCAUCAAAGGCUGUGCAUGUGUCAUAUAAAUUAAGAAUUUGUUUUUUUGGCUUUUUUUUCUUAGACAAUCUGAACUGUCAUUUUUGAACUUGUGCACAUUUGAAUGCGGUGUAAUUUGUGAAAAUGAUAAUUUAAAGAACUUCAGGAUAAGAGGUUUUGUGUUGGGGUGGGGUUCGGGUGAGGGGUAGGGUGGGAGUGGAAUUUCUUUACUGGUUUCAGGUUGUUUUUAUUUAAUAAUGGUUUUCUGGACAAUGUUCUGGUGUUUGAAUGCCAGUACAAUGUAUUUGUCAUUAAAUUCUAUAAGAUGUUGAUCUCA